AUGGUGCGUAUCUUUCGCGGCACUCACCUCAUCAAGAACUCCAACCUUAACGAGCGCUUAUACGUGCUCAACCUCACCCGCAUCCCCUCCAACCUCGACGAUGGCGUCAUCUUCGACUACUUUUCCAAUAUGGGCCUACACGUGCUCAUCACUGCGACCAACCUGGUUGGUGGCAUGGUCUCGCGCGGCCACACCCACAAACAGCGCUCUCUCAAUACGAAGCCUCCAUCACUGGUUCUUCGCGACACGGCGCGCAGGGAGGCAACUCGGGCUCGUCGAGCGGAGGCUGAAUUGCAACGGGCUCUCGUCAGCGAGGGACAGUCUGGUCAGACAACUUCGUCUACGUUUCUGGUCUUAGAUACAACGGUGGUACCGACUGACCUAUCUAUUGCUCCUGACUAG